AUGGCCUCUUACAAGUCUGCCAUCCGCUCGACCACAACGAACGGCCAGUCAGAGCCAAAACUCAAAGACAAGGCUCAGCAACUUCAAGAAUUCUUCCCUUCUUGGUCACAUGAAGACCUGCAAUCUCUACUUGCUGAAGUAAAUGGAGAUGUAGAGCUGGCUGCAACACGGAUCAGCGAUGGCAAAGCUGAACAAUGGGGCUCUGUCUCGCGCAAGAAAGACAAGAAAGGAGGAAAUACACCCAAGGAUUCGGCACCUUCUCCCAGAGGUGACUUUAGAGGCGGUCGAGGCGGUGCCAGAGGGAAUCGAGGUGGUUCUGCAAGAGGUGGUGCUGUCCGUCCCAGGGGCGAUUUUCGUGGCGGUCGUGGGGGGCAUGCGAAUGGUCAUGUUCCUCGCACUUCUUCUCCUGCAGUCAGUCAACAUGUCGACGACAAGGGUGGCGACGCGCUCAAACCUUCAGUUAACGCUGCAAGUGAGGCCACACUUUCAACCUCGCAAACUCCUGCUAGCUGGACAGAUGCGGCCAAGCCCGAGGAAUCUUCCGCUUCUUCUGCUUGGGGAGGUUCGUCUGCAUGGGGUAACACAGAUGCUGAUCCUGACAACGCUCUUCCCGCACAUGUUAAUGGAUCUACCUUCGGCACUUCCAUUCAAGCUGCCUCACCCCUCUCAGCGAAACAGAUUUCAAAAAGUCCUGCCACGUCAAAACUUUCUUGGGCCCAGAUUGCUCGGCCCCAAGAAAAGCCUGCUGCACCACCUGCUCCUGUGGUUCAACAUCCCUCUCCACAACCUCCCGUGACUACUAUUCACCCUCCUGCUCCCCUCGAAUCUACGACAGUCAAUCAUCUCACUUCUGCAUCUACUCCUGUACCCGCUCCAUCUGAAGCCGAACCCACGAUUAGCACUGGUUGGGAGGAUCCUACCACAGUAGAGAAUCCUUCUUUCGACGAAGAACCCUCGGCACCUGCAGCUGCUCCGGAGCCAGUAAAAGAACCCGAACAGAAAUCAGAGCCUGAAACUGUCCCAGCUCUGAGAGAAAUCACUGCAUCGAAACCCCCUGAAAUUACUGUUCACGAACAAGCAGCAGCACCAUCCGCUCCCCCUACCCCUGCUCCCUCUACCCCAUCAAAGGUCGCUACGCGUCCUGCACCUAUUUCCCAGCGUAACAGCGCGCGUUACUCUAAUUACGCCAAGAUUGCUAGCGAUCAAGGGGGCGUUGUGAUGCCUCCCACGCCUUCCUCCAUUGGCGCCAACCUGUCUGGUAUCUCAUCUUUCGGUUCGUUUGGAGAGCUCAAAUCUGCUGGCGUAGAAAAAGUUGGUAUGCAAUUUGGGAGCCUCAGUUUGGGUGGCACCAGUGAACCUGAACCUGAGCCUGAAAUUGAAACCGUGGAAGCAUCUAGUACUCCUGCUGCCCAGGCUUCGAUGUCAGCCCCCGAACCAAUAUCUGUAGCACCUCCUCCGCCUUCUACUUCUCUGAACAGUGGCCUGUAUCAGUCGCAGUCACAGCCCAUUCAGACCAGUCUUUCUCAACCUACCGUGUCCUCUUCAGUAGCCACCAGCAUUUCUAACUCUCCAGCGCAAUCGUUCCAGCAGGCUGCUGCUUCGUCCCAGCCUCUCCCUCAGACGCCCUCUCUUGCGCAGCUGCCGCAGCAGCUUCAGCAACAGGCUGCCCAAACUCAGUCGCAAAACCUCCCUUCUCACCACCAUUACUCACAGCUUGGCUUACCUACACAUAUCGACCAAUCUUCUCAAGCUCAAGUGCAAGCCCAAAGUUCACCUCAACAAGUUCAGCAACAACAAAGCUACCUUCGGCAGAAUGAACAGUCUUCAUAUGGCAAUAACAUCUCAGCAGGUGUUAGCAGUGGUUUCCAUCAUUCACCUACCCCACCUAUGCAGGACAACAAUGGCUACGGAGCGUUCGGAAGUGCGUUGAGUUCUCAAAGUCUUGGUGGUCAAGGUUUAGGACAAGGCUUAAGUGGCAUGGGCCAGGGAACUUUAGGGGGCAUGGGUGGCUUGGGAGGAAUGAGUGGACUUGGUGGUCAAGGAUUGGGCCAUCAACAGCAGCAAAGUCUAAGUGCAUUUGACAAUUAUGGUUAUGAAGGUGGACAGAGGAACUUUUAUGACUCUUAUCAGCCUAAUACCUUCGGACGUGGUGUACUCGGACACGACGAUCUCAAGGGUAGCCUUCCUUCCCAACAACAAGGGCAGCAGGCACCCUCAACCGUCUCCACAGGUACUUCUACUAGCCUUCCACCUUCUGUGUCAUCCCAGUCGUCUGUACCACAAUCUCAACAAUCUCCCGCUACGUCUGUCUCGUCCCAAGGGCAACCUCAACUAGGCCAAGGGUCUGCCCCUGCCGGAUAUCAUCCUGCUGCCCCCCUCCCCACAUUCUAUUAUCAACCUUUCCCUCCUCAAAACUCUUAUUAUGGUGCCGCUCCCUCGAAUUAUGGAUAUGGUGUUGGGGGAAUGGGCGUUCCACAGCCUUAUGGUUUAGGCAAAUAUCCUACGAUAUACCCUGUUCCACCAGGAAGCGCCCCGAGCCCCGCAGGCAAACCUUCUCCCGGAAUGGGCGUGCAUGGCCCCGGCGGCGUGAUCAGUCAUAGUGGUAUCGGCGUCCAGCCACAGAGUUACGGUGGGGGUUUGUAUGGGCAGCAGCAGGGAUACGAUGACUACCAGCAACACACCCAGCAGCAGCAACAACACCACCAGCAACAAGGCCAUCAACAUCACAACUCGCACGGUCUCGGUUUAGGCCAGGAUUAUUCUAAGCAGCUGUAUGGCGGUCAAGGCGCAUUACAAGGUUAUAUGAGUGGCGCUGGGAGUGGUGUUUCUGCUGGGGUCGUAUCCGGUUCUGGCGCAGGUCCCAGAAGUGGGGCAUCUCCUGAAACAGCGUAUAAGCCUUAUGCUCCCAAGGAUGUUGGGGUUGGGCGACCGAAUGUUCAACAAAGUCAAGGUCAAGGUCAGGCACAAUCGCAAGGCCAGGGACAAGGUCAAGGUGGUCAAGGUGGUCCACAAGGUCAAGGCUUUUAUGGUGGGAACCGUUUUGGUAGUGGUAGCAGUGUUGGCGCAGGAGUUGGUGCUCCUCAACAAAGCGCACAUGGUGCUCCGCUAUAUCCUCAGGGCCAGAACGAUGCAGGAUAUUAUUACCAGCAGAGGCAGUAUUGGCAGUGA